AUGUCGAUGCACCCGGCGCGACAGGCGUAUGUCGAAGACGAGCAGAAACAGGAAGAUCAAGGCAUUAGCAUCGCAGACGUACCCCUCGACACCAACUACCAGAUCCCCUCCGCCCCAGGCGAGCCCUCCCAACAUGCAGCCUCUGUGCUGGGCGAGUUUGCGCGAAAGCGAAAGGCAGCCGCCCUAGCAGUCCCGACGGAUGACCAGCGAGUGCGCACCGAGCUACGAGCACGCGGCGAGCCCAUCACACUUUUCGGCGAGCGCAAAGAGGACAGGCGAGACCGGUUACGCUCAUUGAUGCUCCGCGAGCAGGAGGGUGGAGCUGACGAUGAUGAGUCUAUGGCUGAUGCAGACGAGGGCGAUGAUGCGGGCGACGAGGAAGGAGAGUUCUACAUCGAGGGGACCCAGGAUCUGCUGGCUGCGAGGCGCGACAUAGCACAAUUCUCACUACCUAGAGCGAAGCAACGACUGGCACGCCAGAGGGAAGAGAGCAAGAUACCUGUCGCGACGCACGUGCAACACCGAAAGGCUAUCAAGGAGAAGCUGAAGGACAUCGAACUGCAGGGCAGUGAGAUUGCCAGCGACAGGCCUGUGAGCAUAGUGCGGUUCUCACCGAAUGGGCAGAUGAUAGCAUCUGGAGACUGGGCAGGCAGUGUCAAGCUGUUGGAUGCAUCUAAUCUGACGACCAAGACUACAUUGCGGGGACACAAGGGCAUGAUCGGUGGCAUCAGCUGGUAUCCAGGUGCAACUCUGCCUGACUCGAAUGUCUCGGAAGAGAGCGUGAACUUGGCCACAUCUGCAGCAGAUGGAGAGAUACACCUGUGGUCGUUGAAGCAGGACACACCUAUCGCAUCGCUCAGUGGUCACGGUGCGAGAGUAGUGAGGGCAGAAUUCCACCCUUCAGGACGAUAUCUAGCGAGUGCGAGCUACGACACAACCUGGCGGUUAUGGGAUGUGAACACAACAAAAGAGCUUCUCUUACAGGAAGGUCACAGCAAAGAAGUCUAUACCGUAGGCUUCAACGAGGACGGCAGCUUGAUCGCAUCAGCCGGUCUGGAUUCUAUUGGCCGCAUCUGGGACAUGCGCACAGGCAGAACGGUCAUGCUUCUGGAAAGCCACGUCGCACCUAUACACGCCCUCGACUGGGCCAGCGACGGCACACGAGUAAUGACAGGCAGCGCAGACAGUUUCGCCAAGUGCUGGGACUUGCGCGCAGUACGCGAAACAGCCAGCAUCGGUGCUCACAUCGGUGGCGUAUCAGACCUACGGUGGUUCAAGGGCACAGACGGCCCACUCUCCGGCCAACAACAACAAGCCGACACCACCAUGACCAAUGGUGACUCUGGAGAACAUGACACCAUUCAACCGAAGAAAGCAGGCACCUUCAUUGUCAGCGCUGGCUUCGAUAAAACGGUCAACAUCUUCUCCGCCGACGAUUGGGCACCCUGCAACUCCCUCACCGGUCACGACGGGACGGUCCUCUCUGUCGAUGUCGCUGCCGACGCAAGCUGUAUAGCAUCCUGCGGUCGAGACAGAACCGUAAAACUCUGGGCUCGAAAUGAUGGGAGUGGCAUAUAA